AUGGUCUCGGACUUCUUCUUGCCGGUAGCUGGUGGGAUAGAGAUCGCUAUCUACAGCUUGGCAGCUGCUCUGCUCGAACGGGCAACUCCUGGUUGCACCUCUACCUAUGGUAAAAAACAGGUCAUUGUCAUCACCCACUCCCGCUCUUCCGGCUCAUCUACACCUCGAGUCGGUAUCCGGUACCUCCACCCCUCCCUUAAGAUCUAUUACCUCCCCAUCACCCCCUUGACAUCGGACGCUACCUUGCCGCAAUACCUGACCAACCUUCCCUUUCUCCGGAACAUCUUGAUAAGAGAACGGGUGGAGAUCUUGCAUGGGCAUGCGACGUUGAGUAGUAUGGCGUUGGAGGGUAUCAUGUUGGCUGGGUUCUUCAAGAUGCCGAGGGGUCUACGGGGAGUCGACCAGAACGAGAACGAGAACAAAAUCGAGACGCAGGACGAGCGCAGAUCCUCGGGAGAUCUACCGGGAAAGAAACAGAAAAUAAGAACAGGAAUGGGCAUGGACAUGGGGAUGGAAUCCGAGACAAGCACGAUCCGGACGGUCUUUACCGAUCACUCACUCUUCGAGUUCGGCAGCGCCGUAGGGAUAUUGACCAACAAGCUUUUAGCGGGAGCUUUGAGGAAUAUCGACGCUGUUGUGUGUGUCAGCCACGCUGGGCGAGAAAAUACCACCCUCAGAGCUCAACUGGAUCCGAAUUUGGUUUCUGUGAUACCCAAUGCUAUCGUCCCUUCGGAUUUCCAGCCCCGUCCUGAUCAAGCCGAUCCCGAAUGGAUCACGGUCGUGACGAUGACCAGGCUGGUAUAUCGGAAAGGGAUCGAUCUGCUCGUCAGCGCCGCCCCGAAGAUAUGCGCGCUUUACCCUCGAGUGAGGUUCAUCGUUGGCGGUGAUGGGCCGAAGAUGGUAGAGCUGGAACAGAUGCGGGAACAACAUCUGCUGCAAGACCGGAUCGUGCUCUUGGGUGCAGUCUCCCCUAAUGACGUGCAUUCAGUCCUGAACCAAGGCCAGAUCUACCUCUGUACCUCCCUCACGGAAGCUUUCGGGAUUAGCAUCAUCGAGGCCGCCUCGGCCGGUCUGUUUAUCGUUAGCACCAAAGUCGGCGGGGUACCUGAGGUCUUACCCAAGGAUAUGAUCGAGUUUGCUUCGCCGAAUUCAUCAGACGUUGUUCGAGCAUUGUCGAUAGCAGUAGAGACGAUCGGAUCAGGGGUACACGAUCCUCUUCUCGCACAUCAGCGAUUGCAAGGAAUGUACACUUGGGCCAAUGUCGCAGAGCGCACAGAACGGGUGUAUGACAAGGCAAUGGCUAGACCGGAGCGAGACUUGUUCGAAAGGAUGACUAGGUACCUCGAUUUGGGACCUAUCUUUGGCCCGAUAUUAUGCAUCAUCACAGCCGUACAAGGGAUUUUUCUCGGAGUGCUCGACUGGCUUCAACCGCGAGCCGAGAUCGAUCUCGUACCGCUACCGGCCAGCUGGUCACAGGAUAUACAAUUGAAUUCAUAA